CUUAAGUUAGACAUGAAUUGAUGUCUUUAAACAAUUUUUUAUGGUUUAAUAUUAAAGAGAGAGAGAGAGAGAAACCAAGAAAAAAGUUUAGUUUAAAAACUUGUUUGAGUUGUUGUACUAAUAAUAAAAUCUCUAAAAAUCUAGUGUUUGUAUUGUAUUUGACGCCAAACUCAUUGAAAAACUGAGUGUAAAUACAAACACAAAACAAGUGUUUAGUGAAACACAAACACAGAUAUAUGUGUCGACUCUUAGACUCAAAUCACUGACUGACUGACUGUCUUAAGACAAGUGAUCCAACAGUUGGUGUGUGUUAUCACUGAAAAAGAUGACUACAAACUCGAUACGACUUCCCCGACGACUACCAAUUUUGAUCAUCGAUGGCGUCCUCUUUCCCGGGUCGAGUAUCCGAAUUCCGGUCACUUCGUAUCGCAAUAUGUCAAUGGUUAGGAGUCAUCUACUGAACCGAAGUACACUUAGCAGUGCUAUCAUAGGUGUUGUUCCCAAAGAGAUUGUCACCAACACAUCCAAUACGUCGACCGCUGAAGAGGAUAACAAAUAUGACGACAAUUGUAUGCAUUCAAUUGGUUGCGCCGGUAUUGUGGUUCAGGUGACGGGAACCAAUUGGCCGCGACCUUCAUAUACAUUAUUAGUUACUGGAUUGUGUCGCUUUAAAUUGGACUCAAUUGUCAUAGAGUCGCCAUAUUUAGUAGGUUUGGUUCAACAGUUGGACAAAUUAUCCGUUGAUGACAUCGAUAUAAAUGAAGACAAUAGCGAACUCUCUGAUCUUAAAGAACAGUUCCGAGAACAGGCCUCAAGACUUAUAGAUAUGCUUGACUUAUCGGUGCCGGCAGUGGUUAGAUUAAAACGUUUAAUGAACUCUCUUCCGGUUCAAAGUUUACCGGAUGUCUGUGCAGCUAUAGUAAGGGCCUCACACUCCGAACGGCUUCAGAUCUUAGACUCAGUUGAUUUGGCCGAACGGUUCCGCAAAACUUUACCACUUCUGAUGCGACAAAUUGAGGGAUUACAACUUCUUCAAAAGGCUAAAAAAGACGGAACAAUGACAACACAGACAUUACAAAUGGACAAAUUGAUUGAUAUCGGACGUCAUAAUAGGGUUGAUAUUGAAGAUGAAGACAUGGAUGAUUCGGAUGAUAUCGCGUCAAUUGAACGCAAAAUAAAGUUAGCAGAUAUACCAGAAACUGCCAGAAAGGUAGCAAUGAAGGAGUUGUCGAGACUCAAGAAAAUGCCGACUCAUAUCCCGGAUCAUGCGAUUGUCAGAAACUAUUUGGAACUCAUGACAGAACUUCCAUGGAAUAAGACAUCACCAGAAUUAUUGGAUUUGAAGAAAUCUCGUCAGGAUUUAGACGCCGAUCACUACGGCUUAGAUAAGUUGAAACAAAGAGUCUUAGAAUAUUUGGCGGUCCGUCAGCUGAAAAACACACUAAAGGGACCAAUUCUAUGCUUUGUUGGGCCUCCAGGUGUCGGUAAAACAAGUAUCGGUCGAUCAAUUGCUCGAUCUUUAGGUCGAGAAUUUCAUAGGAUAUCACUGGGAGGUGCGUGUGACCAGGCUGAUAUUAGAGGUCAUCGGAGGACAUAUAUCGGCUCAAUGCCAGGCCGUAUAAUUCAAGGUCUGAAAACAGUUGGCGUCAAAAAUCCAGUAUUUCUUUUGGAUGAAAUCGAUAAAAUGGGAUCUGGUAUUCACGGCGAUCCGGCCGCCGCUCUUCUCGAAGUGUUAGAUCCCGAACAGAACUGUGCCUUUACUGACCACUAUCUUAAUGUUCCCUUUGACUUAUCUCAAGUACUAUUCAUAGCGACAGCAAACACAACGUCUACGAUACCGGCAGCUCUUUUGGACCGAAUGGAAGUGCUAUCGCUUCCCGGUUAUACUCACGAAGAGAAGCUUCACAUUGCUAAACAUCAUUUGGUUCACAAACAGCUUAAAGAACAUGGACUUAGUUAUGAAACUCUUGACUUAUCGGACGACGCAUUGGCGGCACUUAUUUCUAAGUAUACCCGUGAGGCCGGAGUCCGUAAUUUGGAGCGAAAGAUUGGCGCAGUUUGCAGAGCUAUUGCUGUUAAAGUUGUUGUAAACAGCUGUCCCGCUGACGACACCGCAAAUAUUGGUGGACAUCAUCCGAAUGAAGUUCAAAUCAUUGAUAAUAUAGUCGACUCACAAAAGUUUCCGAUUCUUGUCAAUGAAGCCGCCGUUGAGGAUAUAUUAGGUGCACCUCUAUAUGAGAAUGAAUUGACUGCAAGAGUUGCCUUACCCGGCAUUGCAAUUGGUAUGGCGUGGACUACUGUUGGCGGAGAAAUAAUGUUUGUCGAAGCGACCAAAAUGGAAGGCGACGGACAACUUAUACUAACGGGUCAAUUGGGUGAUGUCAUGAAAGAAUCGGCAAAACUGGCACUCAAUUGGGUGCGAACUCAUAUUAACAAUUACGCCAUUGAAACCAAUCACAUGACAGAUAUUAUGGAUGGCACCGAUGUUCACAUUCACUUUCCCGCCGGUGCCGUUGGAAAAGAUGGUCCAUCAGCGGGAGUCACUAUUGUCACUGCUUUGAUAUCACUGUUUUCUAAGAAAGUGGUUUCUUCUGACGUUGCCAUGACUGGUGAGAUCACACUUCGUGGACUUGUUUUACCUGUAGGUGGUAUCAAAAGCAAAGUGUUGGCCGCACAUCGGGCCGGUAUUAGACGAGUCAUUUUACCGAAGAGGAAUGAAAAAGAUCUUAAAGAAAUUCCCACAUCUAUUCAGGGUGAAAUAUUUUUCAAUUUUGUGUCACAUAUCGAUGAAGUUAUUGAAUAUGCUUUUGAUGGACGCAUUGCACUAUUGAAUAGUCAUUCAAAUAGAGGACAAUUAGAGAGCAAACUCUAAAACUAGUUUAACUAUCACAUAAUUGAAUCAUAUUUUUAUAAUUAUACACAAAAAUUAUUCUGUGAUA